AUGUCCGCCGAUUCCUACAGUUGUGCAAACUCCGGCGGGGAAGGCCACCACUUCGGAGACGUAAGAGAGUCCUUCAAAAUCAUGGCCACCACUUCGGAUUCUGAGGAGGAAGUAAAGCUGGUCUACCUUGUACAUUUGACGAUGACAUCCAAUGGAAAUUGCAAGUACUCAUGCGCUACUGCUACUGAAACCCUAGAAUGGAUUCGCGCCAGUAUUGAUUUUAUAAACCCGUAUAGCUUUUUCUGGGAAUCUCAUGUCGUCAAUUUCCUCACGCAUGAACUAUGGAAAGCUGUUGAUAAAGAAUGGAUUGAUUGCUUGAGGAAAGAACCCGUUGAGUAUCUUGUUCAAAUUCCUUCUGGCUUUGUGCAGGAUCACUGGCCUUCAUCAUUAAAAAAGUUCAUCACUACCUCAAGCUCUCUUGCAUUUCCUCGUGAACAGGCAGAUUUGGAAAAGGUACUACCAAAUAUGCAGGUGGCUUUGCUAAAUGCUGUUAUAACCCAAGGCAUGAAUCCGAAGAAAAAACAUGAAAUAGAGGCUCUUGCGGGUGUUGUUAGUUCAGUAGCACGAGAUGUUGAAACUAAUACAGUAAUUGAUGUAGGUGCAGGCCAGGGUUAUCUUGCACAAGUACUCUCCUUUGAGUACCAGCUGUCUGUAAUUGCAGUCGACUCCUCUUCUCAUCAUGGAACAAUCACUCAUACACGCGCACAACGCAUUAAGAAACAUUAUGAUGCCAGAAAGCACAAAUCUAGUAGGAAAAUGCCCAAGACAGUGACAUGUUGUGUCCUCUCUUCAGACAUGCUGAAAGGUUUGCUUGCUGAACAAGAUACACACAUUGACAUGUGUUGUUCUUCAGUGCUUCUCACCGGUCUUCACGCUUGUGGGGAUCUCUCUGUAACAAUGCUGAGGACAUUUUUGGAGUGCGAACAAGUGAAAGCAGUAGUUAGCAUUGGAUGCUGUUAUAACUUGCUAUCAGAGGAAGAGGAAGAAACGAAAGAUGAUGAUGGUAUGUGUGGUUUUGGUUUUCCUCUCAGUAGAGGUGUUAAAUCAAGUGGCUUACAUCUCAGGAGAAAUGCACGUGAUCUUGCUUGUCAGAGUGCGGAUAGAUGGAGAGGUCUAGGGAAAGAUGAGAGUCUCCAUAAUUUUGAGAUGCAUGCUUUCCGUGCUGCCUUCCAGAUGGUGCUUUCAAAAUAUUUUCCAGAGACUUUGACAACAAGUCCUACAAUAGGGCGACAAGGAAAGGCUUUUCGCCGAAUCAUUACCAACAAUGUUGAAGACAGAUGUUCACUUUUUGAAAAAUUCAGCCAGUCUGCAAUGCAUCGUCUCAAUCUAAACAACAACAAGAAUAUUGAUUUUGCUGGGAUUUGGAAGAAAGCUGAACCGUUUUAUGAGGUGAUAGGGGCAUAUUGGUCACUUCGAGCGGCUCUUGGACCCGUAUUGGAAACACUCAUCCUUCUCGAUCGACUCUUGUUCCUCCAGGAGCAAGGCGUGGAAGCAUUCAUGCUACCAAUUUUUGAUCCUACCCUCUCCCCUAGAAAUAUCGCUCUCAUUGCCACCAAGAACAACAAAAGGCUUUAACUCCACUAAGCUUGACUGUGUUUGGUACGCUAGCUGAAAAACUAAUUUAUCAAUCAACUAUCUCAAAUAGCUUAUCAAAGAGCUGCCUUAUUAGUUACUAUAACUUAUUUUUGUGGUCUCAUCAAACAUUAAAUUGCAAUAAGCUAAAAAAAUAAAAAUAAAUAAAUAACCCUUCACAUGACUUCUUAUGAA